GGGCGGAGUGGGGCCGUUGGGCCGGAAGUUCUGUCGAUGGCGCGAGGGUCCGCGCGGGAGGGGCCCCUCUAGCCCCCGUUGGGGGGCCCCCAAUUCUAUGGCUCCCGCCUCUUAAAGGCUCGGCGCGCCGCCGCCCCGCCUCCCAGUCCCGCCGCCGCUCUCGCCCCGCUCGCUCUGCUCCUGCGCUGGGGAUCGAGCUGAGCCGCCGCCGACAUGCAGCUGACGGUGAAGGCGCUCCAGGGCCGGGAGUGCACCCUCCAGGUGUCGGAGGACGAGCCCAUCUCCACGCUGAAGCGUCUGGUCUCCGAGAAGCUGAACGUGCCGGUCGGCCAGCAGCGCCUGCUCUACAAGGGGAAGGCCCUGGCAGGUACCACCCCCGACCCCCGACCACCGCAGGCACUCCCAUUUACCCGGCGCGUGGAGGAAGGAUGCACGGCGCCGUAUGAGAACCGGCUGUCGGACUACAACAUCGGCCCCGACUCCAAGCUGAACCUGGUGAUCAAACCGUCGGAGAAGGCGUCUCCCGAGGAGCCCCCCCGUCCGCUGUCUCCGCAGCCCCACGCCCUGUGGUGCUUGGUGGCCCAGGUCCUGGCCCGCCAUUUCAGCACCGCUGAUGCCGAGAGGGUCCUGGAGCAGCUGCAGAAGGACUACGAGAGGAACCUGCGCGUGCUGAGCCUUGACGACAUCGAGCGCUUGGCCUCCCGCCUGCUGCACCCCUCCGUGGCCGAGGCUGUGGAGAUGGGCUUCCUGGACUAGGAUCGACGACGGGCGGGACGGGCGUGGACGGGCCGCCGCCUCACAGCCACCCCCGCUCCCCAACCCGCUCUGAGCCACCGGCCCCGGGCUGAGGGGGCCGACGGCCGAGGGCCGGGCCCGGGGCCUCUCUGUGGUAUGACCCCUCGAUAUUAAAGGUGGCACCUAUGUGA